AUGAGUGGUGAGCAAAAAUUAACAGAUUUAGUAUCAUCAAAAAUGAUUGCUAUUACAAAUGAGUUCAUCAAAGACCCGAUAGCAGCUAUUUUUGUAAAUCCUUAUGUUCCAGAUGAAAAUAUCGCAGAUAAUUAUUAUAAAGUUGUGAAAACACCAAUGGAUUUAAAGACUCUAAAAAGAGGAAUUUCAGAAGGAAAAUACAAGACACUUUCGCAAUGGAUUUCAGACUUUAAUCUCAUUUUUGAAAACGCAAUUAACUAUAAUGGCAUUGAAUCAUUGUAUGGUGGUAUUGCAAAGUAUCUUCAAAAUAAAUUUCAAACUAAGUGCAAAGAUUUAGAAUAUCAAAACCUCAAAACAAUUGAAGAUCAACUCAUAAAAUUACGAAAUAAAAUGGCUUUGCUAAUGGCAAAUCCACCCGUCAAAGGUGGUAUAAAACCAACUAUUCAAGAAUUAGAUACCCCUUCUAUAGAUUGGUCAACAACUCGCUUACAUAAUUUAAUGGAAAAACUUAACGAAGCAAUUAAAGAAAACGCUAAUGAAAAAAUAUACGAAAUACUUAAAAUUGACCGUCCAACCGAUAACGAAACUAAAAUUGAUAUAAGUCUUAAUAAAUUAACAAGAAACCAGCUGUUAGAACUAGAGACAUUAGUUGCUUGA